UCAGCUGAAGAGAAAAAUAGUAAUGGACAAUAUAGACUUGGAUUUUGUUAUCAACAUGAAAUUGGUACAAAAAGAAAUUAUAAUAAGGCUUUGCAAUGGUAUUUAAAAUGUGCAGAAAAUCAAAAUAAUAUAAUAUUGGAUGUUGUUAUCAAUUUGGAAUUGGUAUACAAUAAGAUUAUGAAGAGGCUUUUGAAUGGUACCAAAAUAGAUGCAAAAAUAGCAUUUAAUAUAUACCCGAAUUUAUCAAGUUAUGAUGUAAAAGAUAAAAUUGUUGGCUAUUUACUUGGAUAUUGUUAUCAUCAUGGAAUUGGCAUACAACAAGAUCUUAAUCAGGCCUUUCAAUGGUACUUAAAAUCAGCUGAAAAUGGAAAUAGCAAUGCUCAAUGCAGUGUUGGACGUUGUUAUCAUUAUGAAAUUGAUGCAAAGAAGGAUUAUGAUAAAGCUUUUGAAUGGUAUUUGAAAUCAGCUGAAAAUGGGAAUGGAGGUGCCCAAUUCAUUGUUGGGUUUUGUUGUCAUUAUGUAAUUGGUGUAGAAAAUAAUUAUGAUAAGGCAUUUGAAUGGUAUUUAAAAUCAGCAGAAAAGGAAAAUAUUAAUGGUCAAUAUAGUGUUGGAUAUUGUUACCAUUAUGGAAUUGGUACAGAAAAAAAUUAUAAUAAAGCUUUUCAGUGGUAUCUAAUGUCAGCUGAAAACAUGAAUAGUAAUGGUCAAAAUAGUAUUGGAUAUUGCUAUGAAAAUAAAAUUGGCACAGUAAGAGAUGUUGAUAAAGCUGCUAAAUGGUAUUGA